GUGUAUCGAUGAUGGUCGACUAUUAAUACUGCCCAGUUGUUAGCUGUAACACGCAGCAUCGUGUCUGUUCGAUAAAUAAACGGUGUUUUCCAUUUGAUCGGCUUUUCCUGUUCGCCAAUUCGACCAAUCAACGAUACGAUUCUGUGUCUGUGUUGUGCGCUCUUCUUUUUCUUUCCUUCAUCUCAAUAUUAUAUUCGGUGAUCUUGAAAAAACCCGGCCUUCGUGCGUUAAACGAAAGGCAUUCGACAAAAGGAUGGGCCUGUUCCUGUUGUUUCUCGCGUUGAACGUUCUGUUCGCGACUGCAUACAAGAACGAAUAUUGCCAGAGACGAACGGACGAUCAAGUUAUCUGGGAGUACGAUGUGAGGAGAUCGUAUAGGAUCGGUGCAUAUCAAGAAGUCGAGGCAGAGUACGGGCCCACGAGUGCAACGAUCACGUGCAUAGGAGUCGAUUCGUUAUCAGACGAGAACAACGGAGCCAUGUGGGUUACUUCCGGCGGUAUAGGAUACAAUUUUAUCAAAAUUAAGUUCAGGUCGAAAUACUCCAGAGGACUUCAUUACCGAGUCUACGUUUAUGGGAAACCACAUUUGAAAAUAUGAUCUUUAAUUUACACGCAUCUUUGUAAUUAUCAUUAUUUAUGAUUUACAUAUAACAUUUUGAAAAUUUAUCUUGAAA